AUGUCCAAGCAGCCGCUGUCGAUAGAAGAGAUCCUGCAGCGCCAGAAGCAAGAGUCGGCCUUCAAGCCCAAGUUCCUCACAAAGGCGCAGCGGCAGCAGCAGGCGCAGCUCGCCCAGCAGCAGCAGCAAGAGGAACAGAAGCGAAAGCAGGAAGAGGAGAAGAGGAGGCGCAUCGAGUUCGAGGAGAAGGCGAGGUCGGCCGCGGCGUCCUCUUCGUCCUCGACCUACAACGACCACCACCGCCAUGCUUCCGGACCAUCCUCGUCGUCGUCAUCCUCGCUGAGGGAUCGCGACCGCGGACGCGACCGCGACGGCGGCUAUCCGCGCGACACCGACUACAGCCGAGACGCCGGGGUAUCGCUCAAUUACGACGACGAUCGCAGCCAUGCCCCGCAAAGAGGCCCAAGAGGCGAUAGAGGGCGACCUGCGGGCGAUCCUCGAGGAGGGGGCGGACGUCCAUAUGGCGAUCGGCCGCAUCAGAACGGCAGCGGCGGCGUCCACUCCGGCAACGGCAACGGCAACGGCAACAUCUCGUCCAGCGCCGCCCCUGCCGGAACCUCGGCCUCUGGCCCCUCAGAGAAGCCCAUCACUGACGCCGAGCAGGACCUGAUCCGGCAGCGCUACCUCGGCCUCAAGGAGAUCAAGCGGAAGCCCAAGAAGAAGGCCACGGACAAGCGCUUCAACUUUGACUGGAGAGACGACGACGACACGAGCGACAAGAUCAACCCGGUCUACUCGACGAGCAUGGAGCCGAGCCUGUUCGGCGCCGGAGGUCGCGGCGGCACCGACCCGCUGCACCGCAACGGGCGGCUGGACCACGGCGCCUCGGACGGUGGCACUUCAGGCCCGGGAGGCUCGGGCGGCGGCAGCCUGGUCAAGCGCGGCGUGCGCUCCGCAUUCGACGAAAAGCACUGGAGCGAAAAGGCGCUCGACGAGAUGAAGGAGCGCGACUGGAGGAUCUUCCGCGAAGACUUUGGCAUCGCCGCGCGCGGAGGCAACAUCCCCAAGCCGAUCCGCUCGUGGAAGGAGUCGUCGAUCCCGCGGCCGAUUAUGGAGGCGAUCCAGGAGAUUGGCUACACGGACCCGUCUCCGAUCCAGCGGCAGGCGAUCCCCAUCGGCCUGCAGAACCGCGACCUGAUCGGCAUCGCCGAGACGGGUUCGGGCAAGACGGCGUCGUUUGUCAUCCCGAUGCUGGCCUACAUCUCGGAGCUGCCGCCGCUGACCGAGGCGACGCGCCACCUGGGCCCCUAUGCGCUGAUCCUGGCGCCGACACGCGAGCUGGCGCAGCAGAUCGAGGGCGAGACGCGCAAGUUUGCCAGCAAGCUCGGGUACAAGUGCGUGUCGAUCGUGGGCGGUCGCGACAUGAACGAGCAGGCCAUCUCGGUGCAGGAGGGCGCCGAGAUUGUCAUCGCCACGCCCGGGCGGCUCAAGGACUGCGUCGAGCGGCACGUGCUGGUGCUGAGCCAGUGCACGUACGUCGUCAUGGACGAGGCGGACCGCAUGGUCAACCUGGGCUUCGAGGAGGUGGUCAACUACAUCCUCGACAGCCUGCCCGUCAGCAACCUCAAGCCCGACACCGACGACGCCGAGGACCCGCUCAAGCUGCUGCGGCGCGAGGGCGAGUCGCGCAUGGACAAGUACCGGGUCACGAUGCUCUACUCGGCCACUAUGCCGGCGACGGUGGAGCGGAUGGCGCGCAAGUACCUGCGGCGGCCCGCCACCAUCACCAUCGGCGACGCCAACCAGGCGGUGGGCACCGUGGAGCAGGUCGUCGAGUUUAUCCACUCGGAGGAAAAGAAAAAGGCGCGGCUGCUGCAGAUCCUCAACACGGGCGGCUUCGCGCCGCCCAUGAUUGUCUUUGUCAACCAGAAGAAGGCGGCCGACGCGCUGGGAAAGGACCUGCAGCGGGCCGGGUGGUACCCCGCGGUGCUGCACUCGGGCAAGACGCAGGCGAUGCGCGAAGAGGCGCUGGCGUCGCUGCGCUCGGGCGAGUGUCCCGUGCUCGUCGCCACCGACCUGGCGGGACGCGGCAUCGACGUGCCCGACGUGUCGCUCGUCGUCAACUUCCAGAUGGCCAACCACAUCGAGGCCUACGUCCACCGCAUCGGCCGUACGGGCCGAGCGGGCAAGCGCGGCGUCGCCAUCACCUUUCUCGACAGCGGCGACGACGAAGUCAUGUACGACCUCAAGCAGGAGAUUGCAAAGAGCCCCAUCUCCAAGCUGCCCCAGGAACUCGCUAGGCACCCCGCCGCACAGACGAAAAUGACGCGCGAAAUGAAACGGAAGCGCGACCGCGAAGACGAAGGCUGA